UCGGUUCAGUCUCAGCCCAAGCCUCAGUCGCAGAGCUACUUUUCACAGAGCAGCCCAAGCCCCAGGGAAGGAAUUUUUUUUUGCGCGUAACCUCUCAAAACGUGUUAAAUUUUCAAAAUCUCAGAAAUCAACGGUGUACAGAAAUCAGCUGAACGCGUGAAAGCAACUAAAAAUAUUUUUGUUUUGGUUUUGUGCUAAUCCAAGAAAUUGAAUUUCGAACAUUUCGAAAGCGAGGUUUUGGCAAUUGAGCGACAAGUUUUGAAUUCCAAAUUUAAAUUAACCGCCAACAUAACUCUAUCCAAAUCCUUGCCUGAGUGCAGUUCUGUGUGUGAGCCUUUAAAUCCAGAUUACUGGUCGAAUAACAACGCAUCUCACAGGAGCAGCCAAUACAGUGGAACGGAGAGCGAGACAGUGAAAGCACCGCAGCAAAAGAUUUGAGCAAGAUGCGUCGAUCCUCAUUCACGCCUGUCUUCAACCUCAGCACCCAGGAGCCGCUGAUUGUCGUCGAGGAGUCGCAUGCCCCCGAGGAUGGCGACGAUCUGGAGGGGGCCGCUGGCGGCUGCGAUCCGGGCGCCACCACCAAGCGCUCGAACAGCGACGACUCCGAGCCGGACUCGCCGGUGAAUCCGUAUCUGCUAUGCCCCUUCCCAGACAUGCAGCAGCGCCGCAAGCACUCGCUGCCCUCGCUCCAGAUAACCGAGGGGAUCACGGCCAGCCAGGUGCGUCGUCUCUCAGAGGUGGGCGGCGAGACCGGCGGCCUCAGUCCCAAGGAGGUGGAGUUUUUGGCUACGCUCUCGCAGAAGGCCAAUCCCGCGGCCGGAGGCCGGCGCCACUCGGUGGUCACAAUCUCGGCCGUGCCCCCGACGCUCUUUGGACGCAAUCGUCGCGAGUCCAUUUCCGGUGCUUCGAUCAGUGGCAGUCGCCGGGGAAGCGUUAUCGCCGGGCCCCCCUUGACGGAUCAUCGCGGCAGCGUACACAACUUGCAGCUGGACAUAAUGGACGGGAUCGUGCAGCAGCGGAAGACGCGCAGCGGCAGCGGUGUCUGGACUGCGCCAGUGCUCCAGGAGGCGGACAGCAAUGUGCCCGUGCAGACAUAAGCGGGCAACGGACGGACGGAGGACGCGGACGCGGACGCGGACACGGAAACACACGGACACGGACGCAGACACCAGGGGCGAGAUGUAGAUGGAGUGGUAGGGUGGUCGGGUGGUCGGUCACUGGUCGGAUACUGAGCAAUAUAAACACACAGACACAGACACACACACAAGGACAAACAAAACACACACACACACACGAAUGAACAAUGAACAUUCUGGAACUCUGCUACUCGAACUGGACCUUUAUUAACAUUUCUUGUUUUCCUUUUCGGUUCACGCCCCCUCUCUCCCUCUCCCUCUCUCCCUCCCACUCACCCUCUUUGUGCUGUGUUGCUGUUUGGUCUGCUUCUUUCUGCGGGAAAUUGCUUUUCGCGGCUGCCGCAAGAAAAAACCGCAAAAAUCGGGCAAAAGCAAUAAAAACAAAAACAACCAAAAAGGAAAAACUGCAGUUAAACCGAAAAGAGUGUAAUAGACAGAGACAGAGAGAGAGAGAGAGAGCAAGCAAUAAUGAAAGAAAGAAAAAAAUCGCACCACACCGUUAGCCGCUUUGAUUGGCAGCAAUUUCGGUUAACACCUGUGCAAUGUGCCACGUCUAAGCAUCCUCCUCUCCGCCACACCCAGAAUUACAGCAGACGACGCCCGAAACGAAGAAGGAGCAACCAAAAACUACUCAAAAACUGGCAAAGAGACAUUCCAUUUGAACGAAAAUAAAGCGCAACACUUGAAAAACCUUCCGAUACAAAAGCUAUUUAUGGACUGACGUGAAUUUGCUAUCCAGACAGGUACGCUCAGCAAUUCAUAUGCCUACGAAAUGAAUCCAUAUACGAGCAUAGUAUAUAUAUAUAUAUAUAUAACCAAUAACUAAUGAUAUAAAAUGAAAUUAAAUCAAUAUAUUGUAUAUUCAGGAAUUGAUUAAUUAGUAAAUAUUUAGUGGACAAAACCUAAGCCAGAAGGACAAACAUUUAUUUACUUAGAAUCUAGCAACUACUCUUCAUUUUUUUUGGAUGUUGUGUAGAUUUGUGAACCGCCAAAAACCACCAAUUACCAAAAUGAAUAUAUGAAAAUAUGAAAAUACUAAGACAAGCCCACAGACUAUAUAUUGUACAAUCUACGGAUCUGAACUCAAAUCCAUUCAAUCAAAAACGUGGAAAUCCUCAGGUGUUUUUUGAUCUUUUAUAAUUUAUUCCACCAGAAAAAAAAGAAGAAAAAUAACCUUCGUUUGAUUCAAUCAACAAGAGCAAUCAAAAUUCAAGAGAGUUGACAAAUGUACCAUGUACCUAGAAAGCAACAAAAGCCACAUGAAAAUAAACUAAAACUAUACAAAAAAAAAUAUAUUAAUAAAGAGAAAUUCCUAGUCUAAGAUGAGAAUAUUUAUCCACAAAAACGAGUACUCUGGAAAAUUGGAAAAUAUUUUUGAACUUGACUCGCUGCCUGCCCGGCCCAGCAAAGCAGCGAGUCUUUAGUUCGAGCUACGAUUCCACUCCUCCUCCGCCUCCAAAUCACCAUCCAAAAUAGCCCCCAAAAUACCACUUAUUAAACCCACAAAUUCUGAACGAAAUGCAAACCUAGAAAUGAAUUUAGCCUUAAGCGAAAGGUUAAACAAAACCUUCAAGAUGUCUUAGGCGAAGGUAGAGGCGAAGGCGUUUUAUUUUACAAAAGUCUUGAUGUUGUUAUUGCUUAAAUAGUAUAUAGAAUGUAUCCCAAAUCGUUAUAUUGUAAGCUCUAGACUGUACAUAGAAUGAACUUUGCUUCGGUAAAAAAAAGAAGAAAAAAAAGAAAGAAAAUAUACGAAAAUUUUGGGUUUUGAGGGGAAAUGUUUGGCAGUUUGAAAGAAGCUUGGAAAAUAUUCCCAAAAUCAUUUCAGUCUCUCUUUACUCUGUUUGACUUGAUGGAAAAAUGUCGCUGGACGACGAAGAAACAAUAUCUAAAUAUAUGGAAUUAAAGGAAGGAAUACUAGAGAAUUUUUUUAUUAUUAAAAGUAGUCAAUGAUAAUCAAGACGGGAGGACAAAGAGAGAGGGCGAGAAGAGGCAGGGCAGAGGAAGAAUCAAAUACACAAAUGAUGUAGCAGAUACAUACAUAUAUAUUUAUUGAAUGAACUAUACGUUUACAUACAUACGAUAUAUUGACAAAUCGAUUACGAGUAUAUAGUAAAUUAUUGUCACAACGCAAGAGCAAUCAAUGUUUAAAUUAAUUACAAGUUACAUUAAAAGAGUUUUAAAUAUACAAAAAUAUAUAUGUACCUACCGAAAUAUAUAUAUGUGUACAUAAACAUAUGCAUAAAUCGAAGAUUCAAUUUGUCUCGGCAAAGAACAAAAGAAGUUAAAUAAUACUCCUACUUCCAACUCAUCCGCGUAGCUCUCCGAUAGAAGACGAGUAGGAAAAUGAAGUGGUGCCAGCCAGCCAGAAGGAGAAGCCUUCCUCGCAUCCGUGUACAUUCAGUGGAUGACAAAAGAGUGAAGAACAAUGGCAACAAAGUAAUUUACUUUCCCAGUACAUUAUCCCUGCCAAACAUUGUGCUUGAAAAAGGGUUUUGGUUCUGCAACAUGUAGAGGAACCCCUCAUUGGAUGUGUCGAGUCCUUGAAUUAGUUAUGAAACAGUUGAGCUUAAAGUUAAGGCCAAAAUUCAGUUGAAUACCGGAUAGAACAUCAAUUGUACUCCAUUUGCACUCCAUUAGACGAUUAUUCUGUUGUGUAUCAAAUAUUAAACAAGCCUCAGACAUCCUGCUGGUUGGCACUCUUCAAAGAACUUUUCCUUCAAAGAGUAUAAGAGUCAGUUUUGUCUUAGUAAUAAUUCACCUGUAUGUGUAUCUCUCAAUCUCUAUUGUGUUUAAGAUUACUUGUAUCUCGUGCUUAAUAUUACGACUAAAGAACAGAAGAAGAGGAAGAAGGCAAGGAGCAAGCGGGGAAGAACGGUAUACACAACAGAAAUUAAAAUUACUUAUUAUAACGAUUACUUAUAGUAGACGUAAGCGAGCGCCAAUUGAGGCAUCAUCUGCAUACACAAUUAAAUAAAGAAAACGAUUUCCUUAAAUUAACA